AUGAAGAUGAUCCAACUGGCAGAAGCCAAGAGCUCAGGCACCAUUCUCACCAAAUUCUCAGUAGGGGAGAGGGGGAUAAUCCAACACUCGGUUACCCUGUUCCGAGAAAGGUUGGUGAGCAAGGAGGAGGUGAUGGGAGCAUGGAGAUUGAGAGACAUUGAGGAUGCUUCUUCCUUGGUGCCUUGUGACUCUUCAAAUAUAUCUUUUAAGAUGAUGAACAUCCUAAUUUGGAAUUGUAGGGGUGCUAUGAAACCCCAAUUCAGAAAGAUAGUGUUGGACUUAGUGGAGUGGCAUGCUCCAUUGCUGAUGGUAAUCAAAGAGACUAGAAUGAGUGGUGCUCGGGCUAUAGAAUUGAUUGAGUCGCUGCCUUUUGAUGGCUCUGUGGUUGCUGAUACUAUUGGCUUUGCUGGGGGCAUCUGGAUGCUCUGGAGGACUGACUUGGUGCAUGUGGACGUGCUGGCCUCAACUGAGCAGGAGAUUCAUGCCAUCAUCCGGGUAAGAUCUCAAACCCUUACCUGGAUUAUUAGUGCUAUUUAUGCUAGCCCUAGUUUUGUUGAAAGAUGCUUGUUAUGGGAAAACCUUAAAUUAAUAGCCACCUUGCAUGACCUUCCUUGGGCCCUUAUGGGUGAUUUCAAUGAGGUUAUUACUGAAGAGGAAAAGGCUGGGGGUAAUCCUAUUUGUCAAAGAAGAGUGAGGGCUAUUCUUGAUUGUAUGAAUGAGUGUCAAAUGAUGGAUUUGGGAUUCUCAGGGCCUAAAUUUACCUGGACUAAUAAGAGAGAACUAGGGGGUCUCAUCCAAUGUAGGCUUGAUAGAGUUUGGGCAAAUCCUGUAUGGAAAUCUUCCUUUCCUGAAGCAAAUGUAACUCAUUUGGCCAGAGUUAAUUCAGAUCACUGCCCAUUAUUGCUUAAUCUGUGCCCUAAUCUGUCUAAUGCCUCAAAUCGUCCAUUUAGAUUCCAACCUAUGUGGUUAAGCCACAAUGAUUUUCCAGGCAUUGUUAGGGAUUCUUGGAAUGGUAUGGAAAAUAAUCUUACUGGAGCUGUCACUAGGUUCACCCAUAAGGUCCAAAUUUGGAAUAAAGAAGUCUUUAGAAAUAUUUUUGCGAGAAAGAGGCAGAUCAUGGAUAGAUUGCUGGGAGCCCAACGUGCUCUGGCCAAUAAUCCUAAUAAAUUUCUCAUCAAUCUCCAAGAUCAAUUAUCUGAAGAAUACAAUGAGAUUCUGCAACUAGAAGAGGAGCUGUGGGCUAUGAAAUCUAUAGUCAAUUGGACUAUUUUUAGAGAGAGAAACACUUCCUAUUUCCAUUUGACUACCUUGGCUAGAAGAAGUAAGAACAGAAUCACUAGCAUAUUGAAUGAUGAAGGGGUUUGGGUUCAUAAUGUGGAGCAAGUUCAAGAAGUUUUUAGCAAAAGCUUUAUUAAGCUAUACCAGACAGAUCAAACUGCCUGUCCUUGGUUUCAGAGAUGGGAUACAGAGUGGUGCAUGAGGCUAGAGGCUGAUGAAGCGAAUGCUUUGGGGCUGAUGCCUUCUAAUAAAGAAAUUUGGGAUGCCCUCAAGUCCAUGAAGCCUUACAAGGCUCCUGGAAGUGAUGGGAUGCAUGCUGGAUUCUACCAGAGGUUCUGA